UGGGCGCGCCUAGAGCGUCUGCGCCCCAGAGAGAGAGCUGUCCUGGUCUUAAAGAGGGUUCCUCUGGGCAUGCGUGAAGUGCCACUCUUUACUGUUCCUUUGGCUCUCGAGGCGUUUCCAAAGUUCCUCUGAGCUGCCCCGAGGGCUUUUCUGGCGGGGCGGGGGGCAAGCCGGAGCCGGCCAGGUGUCUCAGGCCGCGGCGUCUUGCCGUUGCCCGUGCUGGCUGAGGCUGAUGGAGGUUGUAGUUGAGGGAUCUGGGGCACCGGGUUGCCUGCCACGUACCCACCUUGAGCGGAAAUACGGAGCUACGUCUGGAGGCUUCUUUUGAUUUCUGUGAAAUAAAGUCUUGUGCAGAGUUCCCCUGAGAACGUGCAGAGUGCUUUUUGCGUGAACAGAACGAGGAACAGCUUUUACUUUUAAAAAAGAGGAAGGAUCUUUUUUCCUAAAAGCUGUCUGAAUAGAGAGGUUAUCCAGAUACCAUACCGGUAUUUCAUACUGCUGACCUUCUGAAGAAGAGAAGCCAUGGUUUCCAAACGCGCCUUCCUCUGCAGCUUGGGCUCCAUCUAUUUAUCCCUCCUCUUUGUCUUUUUGCUCAUGGAUGUUUAUGCUCGGCCCGCCAACAGCUCUGCCCUCAAAGAGAAACCAGCCGACAACAAAGACGAAAACGAGAUCCUCCCUCCGGACCACUUGAACGGGGUCAAGAUGGAGCUUGAUGGCCACCUCAACAAGGAGUUUCACCAGGAGGUUUUCCUGGGGAAAGAGAUGGAGGAGUUUGAGGAAGAUUCAGAACCGCGGAGAAACAGGAAGAAGCUUGUAGUGAUUUUCUCAAAGGUCGAUAUCAACAGGGACAAAAAGAUCAGCGCCAAGGAGAUGCAGCGCUGGAUCAUGGAGAAGACGGAGGAGCACUUCCAGGAGGCCGUGGAAGAAAACAAAAUGCACUUCCGGGCCGUGGACCCUGACGGGGAUGGUCACGUGUCCUGGGAUGAAUACAAAAUCAAGUUCCUGGCAAGCAAAGGCUUGAACGAGAAGCAGGUGGCUGAAAAAAUCAAGAACAACGAGGAGCUAAAAAUCGAUGAGGAGACCCAGGAGGUCCUCGAUAACUUGAAAGAUCGCUGGUAUCAAGCUGACAACCCCCCGGCUGAUCUGUUGCUGAAUGAGGAAGAGUUCUUGUCCUUCCUUCAUCCGGAGCACAGCAGAGGAAUGCUGAAGUUUAUGGUCAAAGAAAUUAUCCGGGAUCUGGAUCAGGACAACGAUAAGAAGCUGACCCUGUCUGAGUUUAUUUCCCUGCCGGUUGGCACCGUGGAAAAUCAGCAAGCCCAGGAUGUCGAUGAUGACUGGGUCAAAGAUCGGAAGAAAGAGUUUGAAGAGGUCAUCGAUGCCAACCACGACGGCAUUGUUACCAUGGAAGAAUUGGAGGAAUACAUGGACCCCAUGAACGAAUACAACGCCUUGAACGAAGCCAAGCAGAUGAUUGCCGUCGCAGAUGAGAACCAGAACCACCACCUGGAGUUGGAGGAGAUCUUAAAAUACAGCGAAUACUUCACCGGCAGCAAGCUGAUGGAUUAUGCUCGGAACGUCCAUGAGGAAUUCUGAACACGCAGGGCCCUGGGCGCCCGUGGCACCUUCUCGUUUCCCAAAAACGAAAAAAAUGGCACGUUUCCUUCUGCUGCUCUCUCUGUGUCCCGUCCAUAUACGGUGUGGUGUUCUAGACUUUUUUUUAAAGCCGUCUGUGUACAUUAAAAGCCAAUCCCAGUCUCUCUUCCCUUGAAGAGGAAGAGGUUUUCCGAAGCCAACAGGACGUGUUCUUGCUCAUCGUGCUGACUGAACAGUUUUCCUUGCAAUCUCUGAAGGUCCCGUUCAUGUAUCUGAUUCUUUUUGAUUGGGGAACGCCACAGUGGAAGCCAGCAAACCAUGAUCUUGAUCAGUGGGGGCGGGGGAAAGUGGGGGGUUGACUGUAUGUAAAGUGAAAUCAUGGCUGGGGUGUGUAGCUCUCGUGAUUGCUUGAAAAGAAUGUUUCAAAAAACAUCGAUCCACUUUACAAAAGAGGUGAACGGUGGCAAAGUUCCCUGCUAGAAUACAGGUUGUUUGAAAGCGAA